AUGGAAAUCAGCAAUAGCAAAGCCCCAAGUAGAGCUAGAGAUGAGAUUGGAACUACCUUGUCAUCCCCAAGAAACAGAGGCGAGCGUCCAAUCCUCUCAUCCAACGGAGGCAGAGGCAUCUCAAUGAUGAUGGGGAAGAUGCUCACCGAGAACAGAGUUGCUUUGGCUAAGGCGGCAGGGGCGGCACGGUACGCUUGGGGGGGAUAUGGAGAGGUGAACGUACAACCAACGGAGACCCAGAACCUAUUCAUCUUCACCUUCAAUAAUGAGGCAAUUAUGGAGAAGAUAUGGAGGGACCGACCAUGGAGCCUAUCAAAUACUCUAACGGCUGUCGAAAAAUACAACGAAAGAGGUAAACCAGAAGAAACUCCCAUAGAGAAGGUAGCCAUGUGGGUGCAGAUUCAUGGUAUUCACCAAAAUCAGAGGAGCAAGGAGAACAUGGUUGCGAUAGGUACUCAUUACUUCCCAGGGAUGCUCGACCUGGAUAGAGCGAGCUUGGAAUUUACAGGAUACAGGAAGUUUCUGAGGAUUCUUGUGGAGGUCAACAUUGAAGAACCAAUUCUGACCGGUUUUGACUUCCCAUUCACAGAUGAAAUCACGGGAAAGGAUUACUGCGAUGUAAUCGAUUUCAAGUAUGAGAGGUUGGUGGAAUUGUGCUAUUUCUGUGGAAGAGUAGGCCACAACUGGCCGACUUGCUGGAGGAUGAACGAAGAAAGGAAGAGGAAUGGAGCGGCUUACCUGUCUGAGGUAUACAAUUCCUCUCUCAAGGCGGUAAUUGAUUCUCCUCAGAGGCACCAUUCGGCCAACUACAGAAGCAGUAGGGAGGGGGAUGGCUCAAAAAGCUAUCUGACAGGAAGAGAGAGCGUGAGGUCGGGAAGCCAGAGCAGAUCAGAAGGGGUAGAGGGAAGAGCUUCGUCGGGUUCGGAAGGCAGGUUCUCUGAAGGGAAUCUUUAG